AUGGCUGGAAACGCCCCCGAUCCUUCUCGCCUCUGUUUCGAGCUGUCGUACUCUCUGUGGGUCGAGACCGCUCCUCGAACCUACAAACACAUCAGCUCGGCCGACACGCCGAACUUGGGGUGCCUCCUGCCGAAGGGCCUCCCGUUCGACCGAUUCAAGGCGGGAAUAUUCCGGGCCAUGGCUCUGGAUGCGCACACCGUGCGCCUCCUGAGGUCUGCAGACGCCGAGAAGAAGAUCGAGUGGCGCUGCUGCCCCAGCAAUCCCAUCGACUCCUCCUUGGCUCGAUUCGUGGUCACCGACGAGGCUAGUUUCCAGGCCUUUAUGGCUCGAGAAGAGCGCUCCUCUGCCUCCCGCAACAGCUCCUUCCCCCAAGUGCCCCCGAGCCCAAUUAUCAAGAUCACAAUGGCCAAGCCCGAAGAGACAUCCAACAGCGGAACUCCUGCAAGUUCCCCAAUAAGCGGGAAGGAAGCAACGGGAUCACAGAGUACUACCGUCCAAGAAAGUGUGACGCCCGGCGAACUGCAGUCGAGCAGCGCUGGCCACAGUGCGGUCCCACGGACAUUGUCCAGCUCCGGAGACCCAUCGCACCCCUCCAUCAAACGACCGAGACUAAGUCAGGACGCUCCAAAGUUGGACCCAAACAGCCUGGAGAUGGAAGCCUUCCUCAAAAUCUGCCACAUCCCGCUCGACGAUAAACACACACGACAGCUGAUCGUGAUCCAUCGAGUGCACCAUUGGACGGUCUUUAACCACUUGUCCGUCGACGAGAUGAAAGAUCUCGGCUUCUCCGUCGGCCCCGCUAUCCUCCUGCACGCAGGUGCCUCCCAAGUCAACCGUCGAGUGGCUCUCGAAGCCGCUAGCUAA